GGGAGGAGGAGGGGGAGGUCGCAAGAUGAGCGAGGAGGGAAACGUGUCACCAGCUCGGGUCCGGGAGCUCCGCCGCCACCGCGAUUGUGGACUCGCGCCGGAGAGGACUUGAGGCUGGACUGGACCCCGCCGAGCCGGGAGAGGAGGGAGGAGAGGGAGCUGGGCACCGCGCGGUGGCGAGAGCCAUCCAGGUCGCUCAUUGCUCGCGGCACCGUGCUUAUAGCAGGAUACGACAGUGAGCAAGUCCAGCCAGCUCUCACACGUCUUUAAAGAACUUACGUGCUCUCAGGGCCAGUCAGACUGUGAACAAGUCAACAAGCACAAAUGACUUCAGCUCUCUUGAAGGGACUAUGAAGAAACAAAACCUCCUUCCUCUAAGGGACAGAGCUCACGGGCUGCCUGAACCGGGUAUUGGCCAACGCCGUGGUUUUGAGAACGCCCGACGGCCGGAAGACAGCCCUGGGAGAAGCCCUUUGGGUGGGCAGUCAGAACCUUCUGGUCCAGAGGAGAAGCCGCCCCCUCACCUGGACUUAUGACCCGUGGCUUCGCCCCCAGCCUACCCGUCGAGUUCCCCAAGAUGGGCUCCUUCCGCAGGCCCAGACCGCGCUUCAUGAGCUCCCCGGCGCUCAGCGACCUGCCCCGCUUCCAGGCAGCCCGCCAGGCUCGGCAGCUGAGUUCCAACUCCGCUUGGAACAGCGUCCAGACUGCCGUGAUCAACGUCUUUAAAGGGGGCGGCUUGCAGAGCAAUGAGCUCUAUGCGCUGAAUGAAAACAUCAGGCGGCUGCUGAAGAGUGAACUUGGAUCAUUCAUUACAGACUAUUUCCAGAACCAGCUUCUAGCAAAAGGACUGCUGUUCGUGGAGGAGAAGAUCAAGCUGUGUGAAGGUGAAAAUCGCAUUGAGGUUCUGGCUGAAGUCUGGGACCACUUCUUCACUGAGACUCUCCCCACCCUGCAGGCCAUAUUCUAUCCAGUUCAGGGCCAGGAGCUGACCAUCCGCCAGAUUUCCCUGCUGGGCUUCCGCGACCUGGUGCUGCUGAAGGUGAAGCUGGAGGACUUGCUGCUGCUGGCGCAGCCCCAGCCGCCCUCGUCCAUCGUCCAGAUGUUGCUCAUCCUGCAGAGUGUUCACGAGCCCACAGGCCCAAGUGAGGGUUAUUUGCAGCUGGAGGAGCUGGUGAAGCAGGUGGUUUCUCCCUUCCUUGGCAUCAGCGAGGACCGUGGCCUCUCAGGCCCCACGUACUCAUUGGCCAGGCGCCACUCCAGGGUCCGGCCCAAGGUCACGCUCCUGAACUACGCCUCCCCAAUAACCCCCAUCAGCCGGCCCCUGAACGAGAUGGCCCUGACCCCGCUGACGGAGCAAGAGGGGGAGGCCUACCUAGAGAAGUGUGGCAGCGUCCGGCGACACACGGUGGCCAAUGCCCACUCGGACAUCCAGCUGCUGGCCAUGGCCACCAUGAUGCACUCGGGCUUAGGGGAGGAGCCUGGCGGCGAGGACAAGUGCCUGCUGCUGCAGCCCAGCUUCCCGCCGCCCCACCGGCAGUGCUCCAGCGAGCCCAACAUCACCGACGGCCCCGACGAGCCAGAGCAGGGGGCCACAGGCAGCCAGGAGGACUCAGAGCUGAACUGUGCUUCGCUCAGCUGAGCCCCCAUCUCCCAGCACUCCCAGCUCCGGCCUGGCAACCAGGAUGAGGGCAGCUGCGUCCCCGAGGAUCGCCGAGGGGAGCGCUUCCCCUGGGCAAUGCCACCUUCUGCCUUUUCGGAUGGAUACAGGUUAAUCUGAGUGCCCUAGGCGAAAUUCCCAUUGUAAGUUUUUCCAUUUUCAGGAUGGUGAUCCCCUCUUUGCGGCCACACACAUCUAACUGCCCAAUGUCUGCCCUCUGUCUGAUUCAGCCUUCCCUGCUUGACUCAACCCAGAUCUUCCUCUCUGGGCCUUUACUCUCAGAUAGUGGACUGUCCGGUCCUCCUGACUGUAUAUCCCAGCCCCCCCGGCGUUCCUAUAGCUGGAGGUCAUCUGAACCACACACAAAGCCAGCAAGGAUGUGUUGGCAUGUGGAGUUCCCCUUGAGUCCUCAUGAUACAAAAGGUUGAUGGGUGAAAAGGGGCAGUAGAGAGGUACCUCUUGUCUCUGUCUCGUGUGGAGUAAAAGUAGACUGCAGCCCCUCCCAAGCCUGACCAGGAAUGCAUCUUUCCUUUCAGUUUCAGAAUUACUGGCAAAAGAGGGUUCUUCCUCACCUAUAUCCAGACCCUUUGUACUGUCUUUGGCUUUUGGUCCAGGAGGGCCACAUGGUUGGAGGAGCCCCAUCUUUAAUUAAGCCUCAGCAUUCCCUUCCCAAGGCUUUCUCCCCAGCUCAAGGAACUAACCUUCCCGGUGGAAUAGCUGGUGCCUUUCUCCCUCUUUUAUUUCAGAAACUGACCCCUUUGCUGUCAUCAGGGAGGGGCCAGCCGAUACCAACUGACUAAUCUGUUCCUGGAUUUGACUUGAAUUUUUUUUUUAAUGUACAUCGUUUCAAAAAUAAAAUUGCUUGCAAAUAUUUGCACGUA